AUGGUCACCGACUUCUGUGAAUCAGAGACCCCAACCCUCCAAGGCCUUUCCUUUACUGUCAGACCCGGUGAACUGUUAGCUGUGGUCGGACCUGUGGGCGCAGGAACGUCCUCACUGUUAAGAGCUGUGCUGGGGGAGCUGCCCCCAAUCCAGGGGAAGGUCAGCGUGCUUGGGAGGAUCGCAUAUGUUUCUCAGCAGCCCUGGGUGUUUCCAGGAACUGUGAAGAGUAACAUUUUAUUUGGGAAGAAAUAUGAAGAAGAACAAUAUGAAGUAAUAAAGGCCUGUGCUUUGGAAGAGGAUUUUCAGAAUUUGAAGGAAAGAGAUCUAACUGUGACAGGAGAUGGAGGAACCCCACUGAGUGAAGGACAGAAAGCCCGGGUCAGCCUCGCCAGAGCCGUGUAUCAGGACGCAGACAUCUACCUCCUGGACAAUCCGCUCAGCUCAGUGGACACAGAAAUCAGCAGGCACUUGUUCUAA